AUGGUUAAAAUACGGAUAAAAGUGAAACUCAAAAAACUUGAUAAAAAAAAUCCAGUCAACUCAAGAAGGCUUGACAUAGAUAAAUUAGAAAAUCAUGAUAUAGGCAAACUUUUUGUAAACAGUAUCAAGGACACUUUACAAAGUAAGCAAAGAAUAUUCGAAGGAAAUAUCGAUGAGGGUUGGGAAGAAAUUAGAGAUGCUUUAAGCAAUGUAGCUAACAAGACUUUAGGAACAAAAAAGCUAAAACCCAAACCCUGGUUCAAUAGAAUUUGCGAAGAAGCGCUGCAGAGAAGAAAGGUGGCAAGGCAACAUUGGUUAAACGAUACGAGAAACGAAGAACUAUUCGCAAGGUACAAAACUCGUCUAAGGGAAACAAGCAACAUCCUAAGAGGUGAAAAGCGGAAAUAUGUUCGAAAUAUAAUGGUUAAUGCUGAACUAGACUACAAAGCACAUAGGGCUAGAGAUAUGUAUAAACGCAUAAAUUAUCUAACUGGUGGAUACAAGAAGAAGGAAAGAUUCCUAAAAGAUGACAAUGGGUCGUUGAUAACCACGAAUGAAGAAUUAGCCAAAAAGUGGGGAGAUUAUUUUGAUACUCUCCUUAACUGUGAGCACCUGAUGAAGUCUAUAGCCUUAACUUAG